AUGGCUGAUGGCCAGCGCGCCCUCACAGCAGCUUUUCCUCCGCCUCCGCCGUUUUGGAAACACUUCACACCCGACAACAUAGACAAGCUGGACAAGAUAAAGAAAGAAUCCAGCCAGCAAAGUGAGCAGGGUGAUAUUUUCGAAAAGAAAUGGCUUCCUAGCGAGCUGCGGGCCUUGGACGUGCCGCCUGAGCUAAGGUAUUUGAUCCCACCUGAAGCACCAAUCGAGGGCUCGUAUAGCGUCUUUGGGGAGCUACAAAAUCUCUCGACAAACCUCCCUUCUCUAAAAGAACAAGGUAUCGAACAACUCUAUCCCGAUCCCCCAACCUCGGAUGCCACAAAGGACGAUCAGAACGGGGGUCAGCCAUUGAAUCAUGCCUACUAUCUAUUGAAAAUCAGCAAGUCAUUGCUACUUAACUUCCUCGAGUUUGUGGGCGUGCUCUCUAUAGCUCCCGAAGAGUUCGAGGCCAAAUUGGAAGAUUUACGAAAUCUAUUCAUAAACGCACACCAUCUCCUCAACCUUUACCGACCACACCAAGCAAGAGAGUCGCUGAUAUUGAUGAUGGAAGAACAACUCGAGAGUACCAGGAAUCAAAUCCAAGAAAUGGAUGAUGUCAAGAAUCGCGUUGAGAGGCUGCUCGAACAGCUGACAGCUGAGGGCCUGGAUGCGCAACAAUCAAUCUCGCUCGAGUCAUCGGAUGAAGCUAAGAGUGUGGAAUUCGAUAGCAAAACUGUGGAAGAAGCACGGCAGCUCUGGGACCUGCUCAAGGACGAACAAGAGUGA